AGAUAUUCCAAAAAGGAAAACGCCAUUCUUCUUUAUUUUAUUUUUCAUUUCAUAGGUACUUUAAAUAUCUGUAGGUUUUUUGUUCACUGAAUUUUUCACCAUGAUGAAGGUGACAGAUGCCACCGAAAAUAACAAAAAACCUACAGAUCCGAUAUAUUUAAGUCAAAUGAUCAUACUUAGUCUACAAGUGGAGUUGCUGCUGAACAUUUCUUACCGCAUAAGUGUACAAGCACAAGAUUUCGUGGGUUGGCCUUCCUUAGAUUCUGGGCCCGCCUUGCUUCAUCUUAUUAGUUGUAGGUGGUCUCAUAUUUAAACAUAUUCAAGGAGUCACGUCACAAUUAUGUUAAUUAAUUAACUAAGCAUCUUCUCAAUAAAAAAGUUUUCUUUUCACCUUUGUGCGAAUUGUGAACGAAAUAUGAAUUUUAAUCAAACAGUCGUACUUCAAUGUUCGACAUUGUCGACAAAAUGAAGAAAGUUUAGCUGGAAAAAUUAAAUAACAAAACCUGGUAAGUGAUGGAAUCUAAAAUCACUGUUUCCAGCGCUUUUAAGAACUAGAUCGAAAUUUUUAUUUCAUUAUCUUGAUUGACAGCCGUAAGACUGAAUGAACCAAGGUUACGGUAAAUACAGCUGAAAGCACACCACCAAAAAACAAGUUUCCCUCGAUCAUUUAAAUAAAGAGUCGAUAAAUACAUUAAAUGCAUUCUGACUUGCAUUUUUAUUUGACAAUUGGCGUGUGGCAAAACAACUCAGGAACAUUGCAAAUGGCAUAAAAUAUGCAGUAAUCCCUACAAUUCAAAUAAACCAGUCGAGUUACUGAGUAUAAACAGCAGUUUCUUCAUUGGACGCAAGUGUUUCUGUCAAGCUUCUGUACGCCUUCAUGGUUCAGACAAAAGAAGGAAAGAAUCUAAAAUAUAGAAGGUCCUUCCUUCCGGCUUAAUUUUCAAGAAGUUUUUUGGAAUCAAAAUUCGUGAUGGAAUGCUUUUAUUCUUAAUUAUGAGUUUAAAUUCUAAUCUAUCAACUGUAAACAAUAACCUGAACAAUACUGAAGGAGAUCAGUGAGUCUUGUAUACAUAGUGCUGCUGUUGAAAUAUUUACAUAUCUGAAUGCUGAACAGAGACUAGUACAGAUCGGACUAGUACAGAUCCUCUAAAGUAAUAAAGAAUAAUAGCGUUUUCAGUUUUUCACAUCCAACGAGAGGGUGGAAAGAUUCCCCGCUGUCAAAUCACAUUGCAAUGCUGUGCCAAGAUGGCGGCUGUACAUUUUACCACAAUACUAUGCAAACCUUGCGUAAACCAUAAAAUACAAGGAAAGCCAUAUAUAUAUAUAUAUAUAUAUAUNUUUUUUUUUUUUUGCAAUAUUUGUCCUUGAGCUACUCAGAGUGAAUACGGGGUUUGGAGAUGUUAGAACUUUCCUGUACGGUUUUAUGUUUUAAGUUUUCGUGUCACUAAGAAUUACAGGUAAAUGCAUCGCCAUCUUUUCUCCUGCGAAGGAUUGAAGCCACGCGGUUUAGCGGGGCUGACGCGCUCUGCACUCGUGUUUCACGCGGCUUCCCGCUCUACCCGGCUCAGUGAACCUCAUGUUCUUCAGCCUACAUCAGCUCGCCCAUUUCCGUGUCCCUAAUCUAGAGACAUAUACAAAAGCUGAGUAACCAGACGGUUGAAGCCAUCUAUCAUUGACACAAAAAGCGACUCCAGCUGCAUAUCACUGCCAGCUGCAUAUCACUGCCAGCUGCAUAUCACUGCCGUAUAUUUCGCGGUGACGUGUUUUCUAUACUAUGUUCCCAUGUUCUAAGUUUAGCAGUAUUCAUAAAGGAUCUUGAACAAUCUUGAAGACAAAAUAUUCAGAUACCUCCGGAUCAGUUCUUCAAGCUUUUGUUUUGUGCGCGCGUGUAACCCACACGUGCUGUGUGCUGGUGGAGACCAAUUUAUCAAGUGCUGCCUCGGUGUCGGCUUGGUGACUCGGUCAGUGAUGCUCUAAACAUAUCAACACUUGUUAGUACUGGCACACAAUCUCUUCUUCCGACGGACGCCAGGUCGAAAAAGAAGCACAGAAAAUGGAGUGUAUAGCUAUGCUAUGUUAUGUCGUAAUUUAUUACAUAGUAGAAAUCUUAUAGAUUGUCUCGAAUCCCGGGUGAACGUCUUUGAAGAUUUUGGGGAAGAUCAUGGAAUGCCUAAGCCAUUAAUGCAAAUUCGUUGAAAGAUAAUACUAGAACAUUUCAGCCUUUCUGUUUUCCAAGAACCAGCAACAUAGAUUUUGUCAAAAUCUAGCUCAGCCCCAGAAGUUCACAGUGAUGGGCUUUCUAAAAGCUACACGAACACAAUCUGAUCUUGAUAACUCUAGGUCUUGAUGGUAUACAUCAUUUAAUGAACCCCAUGGAGCUCGGCUGUUUUAUACGUCUUGUUAGAGCUGUAGUUCAGUAUUACACGAGCCUACACAACUAAUUUUACCCGUUUUGUUUUCAUCUUCACGAAUAUCAUUUCGCAAAAUAAAAACCUAAUCGCAUUUAUUUAUGUAAUUUAAUUGCACAUUCUUUUAACUUUUAACUCGCUAUUCGUUUCCGAAUUGUAUCAUCAAAUGUAAUGUGCGCCGUCCGCAAAUGAAAAAACAAAUUAAUUUGUCUCUAUAUUGAUAUCUUUUCAAAUGUUUUGCGAAUUAUGAUUUCCCGUCCGGAAAGUGGCAGAAGCAAUGUAGAAACCUUGCAACCGUUUGUUUCCUUCUCAGGAUAAGCAUGGAAGAAGAACCGGAAAUUUGCGGCAUGCGCUUAGGCACGAAAGUGUUGUGGUUAAAACACAAUGAGCCUGGGAGUCCACAUCUCACAAGAAUUCAGCUGAUGUGAGCUCCUACACUUUCUUUCUGUCACUGAAAACUAAACAGCUAAUCGAAUUUCAAUGCGUUGUGGGUUUUUUAGUUGUCGUAACAAGCGAUGACAGAAUAUUCCGACGAGAGCACGGGAGUUCAAAGGGAGUGGAGAUGUCUGCUUCCUGACCGCAACUAUUUACAGUAACUUAACGAGCCAAUUAAGUUACAGUACACCUUACGCAUAAUUAGCCAGUUAUCAAGGCGCGAGACUAGAGUCUCCAAAGUUACUUAGACUGGUGCCAAACAGCCGAGAACUUGACUGUUUUUAACAGAGAGGGUGAGCUUGCUCGCGAGGCAGUCACUGUUGGCGAUAUGUCUUCACGAGUGAAAUAUGGUUCGGCGUUUUCGCCUGUCAUCCCUUCCAAAUCCAUCCUAAAUCAUCCUUUCUCUAUUAAAAACCUGCUAAAUCUUGACGACCAAGGAGGUGCAGACAAGGAAGAUAAUAAAACAACUACUGACUUUCCUACUCCAUGCCAACAUUUGCCAAGAAAAACACGCCCUAUGAAAGAGGACAAGGGUUUGGCAGCAGAUAAACUGAACCUAAAUUGUCUUUGGCCAGCAUGGGUUUACGCUACGAGAUAUUCAAGGCACGGAAUUCCUGCAGCAAACUACACGAACCCAAGGCGGCCUCGAAAACCCAUUAAGAGACAAAAACAACGGCCACUUUUCACGCCAGAACAGCUCCACAAACUUGAGGAAGAAUUCGUUAACGAAAAGUAUAUCUCCAAGUCUCGACGGUGCAAAUUAGCUUUGGAAAUAAGCCUCACGGAGGCUCAAGUACGCACUUGGUUUCAAAAUAGACGUACAAGAUGGCGGAAAGAAGUACACGAGGAAGACGAGGAUCCCAGUUGGACCACACACUCUGGAAUGUCAAAGUAUGAUACCAGUGUUUUAGGUGGCAACUCUAUGAUAAUACGUGGAUACUGUUCAUGAUGAAAUCUUGAGCUAACCCGCGCGGCAUUUUACCCAGUUAUACAAUACGCUACCCAUCAUUGACAACAGUGCGCUCUUCGCUUCUCUAGCAAGACUGACAAGACCACCAUACAGUGAAUGAUAGAAAUGAAGCCAUGUCGGGUAUCUGGAACAGUGUAUUAAAGAAAGUAAUGAUGAUCCAGCAAAUAAGACUGAUUAAUGAGUAAAAAUCAUUGUUUAACGUUGCUAAGUAGAACAGAAUAACUGAAAGUAAAUGAUCAUUUUCCAGCUCAUCAUGUUCAGUUGAGGGUGCUUCGAACACUCAAGUUGCUCUAGAUUCUGCGACUUGUUUAAAAUCUCCUUUCGCCAAAUGAUGAAAAACGUCUCUCGUUUUAUUUUAUGAGGUUUUACAAUCACUUUGUUCAAAACCUUUUCCUCUACUGAAACCAGUUACUGUCUGUGUGUAUGUGCGGAUUUGUUGAAUCAGCAGCAUAUAGAUGACUACAUAACAAGCAUGAAAUGUAGCAGUUUCUGAAUUUGAUCAUGAACAUUAUCAUAUAAUCCAUUCGGGGUAUUUCGCUGAACGUUUCCUGCUUACUUGAUAAACCAAGGAUAUGACAGCAUCUUACAGUAGAGCCGUCAAUUUCCAGGAGGUGAGCUGUAAUGUCUACAAUCAUUUUAGCUUGGCACUGAAUCAUCAGUUUGUUGGCAAAAGAAUUGUACACUGAUGGCUGUCUGGCCUGCUUUACGAGACAUAUUCAGGGCACAGUUACACUGUUAUAAUGAUUCUUGAAUCAGCACAACAUAGUGCUCCAAUAGUGCUCCAACCACAUGUUGCAUGUAGUUCCAGACUAUGUCAAAAGCCUCAGUAAAUCAUUCAGCUAAUUCAUGUUUGUAUAAAUAAAAUUGAUUCAAUGUGCUUGUGUUUUGGUUGAAUCUGAAGUAACUGUUUGUAUAAAUAAAAUUGAUUCACUGUGCUUGUGUUUUGGUUGAAUCUGAAAUUCCUUACAAGCUAGACUUCGGAUAGAAUGAUUAUUUCGGGAAGGCCGUGAUCAUCAAAAGCUAAUUAGUUUAAUUAACUGGGCAGCAUAUUUAAUAUAUUGUGCAGCAUAAAGGAGAUAUUUCAAUUUUUAGGUACCUUUGGAUUACUUCUAUGACACAAAUCAGGUAUUAAAAAACAAGAAAAUCAAAAUGUUGCUUAAGGUUUCUGCUUUGGAAGAACACAGUUUGAAACAUGGCAUGUGUGACUGUACCCUCGACUGCCGACUGUCUUCAUUUUAGGAUUUUUGCUCUCAAGACUUCACUCUCUGUUACUGCGUAAUAUACUGUUGAACAUUUAUAGAGAUGACGUAUGUCGUGGGCCCUUUUUACUCCUGUAACAGAACAUAUAAUAUUCAUUUAGUUUUCUGAAGUUCUGUUUGAUACUCUGCUCAUCGUACGCACGUCUUGUCCGAGGGCACGGGCGAUUGUCAGAAAAUCAGUUUUCUCCCGGGCCGAGUCAGUGCUCAAUUUCACUGGCUAACCUGCUAGUUACCCACUGGAAAGGAGUUAUAUGCUGCAGAAAGAAACUGACCACAGUUGCUGCUCGUGUACUAGUCGCCACUGUACCGCCGGCAAAUAUAGCGCAGAGUAAAGUAAGGGAGAUUAGUCCGGCAAAACUACAAUGAUACAUCGCUGGUAAAGACUGCGGAAGGACUUCAGGUGAGAAUAUAAUCUGAUAACGAGUUUGUGUUUGAGAGAACAAACAUUGAUCAUCUUAGACUAUGUUAGUUGGCGUUUUAAUUAGGUUGCAGUCGUUGCGUUGAUUGCUUUUAAUAGCAAUGUACUUUGAAUCUGAUUGCACUGAAAUUAUGUACGUUCUGACCCGGGGUUCUGAGUUAUUCGUUUGGGUUCUAGAGAUAUACAAAUAUAAUUUUGAUCAAUCUGGUUGUUUUGUCACGAGUGAAAUUACGGCUGAUCCGCCCUCUCGAUCGUUCACCGAAUACAUUAGGGGUACCGAAUGGUCCCAUUCAAUUUCAUUUCAUUCCAUUUAAAAGUCCUCGCAAAAUUUGGUCUUUGCUCGAAUUGCUCGCAAAAACUAGAUGACUGCUAACUUGCUCGUGUUCGCAAAAUUUUUGCGACUGCUCGCAUGCUCGGAUUCUCGUAAAAUAUGCUCGAUUUCUCCAAAUUUCGUGAAUCCUGCUUCAAAGUAUGGUAGCUUUUAGCUUCUUCUCAUGGUGUGUUCACAAAGUUGUGUUACUGGUUGGGUUAGAAAACUUAAGAUCUCCUUGAGCGUCCACCCUCUGACUCGCGUGAAGCUACGUGACGUAAUUUGGCAUCGAACAGCAUCCAGCAAGGCAUAAUGUGGCCACAUUAUGUGUGGUUGAACUGCGAUAAGAUCUCAACAUUUUGCCUAGUUUUGCGCCUAUUGCCCUGUUUUUGAGGUGUCUGCCAGAUUACUUGGCGUAAAACAACGUUUCCAUUUUUAAAACAAAUAGAUUCCGGUUAGCGCAAAAUUCACGAAGUUGUCGCUGCUCGCCAUAUGCAUUUUCUAAAGUGCUCGCUGCUCGCAAGACAAAUUUGACCACUGGUGCUCGCAAGAAUAAACCCACUGCUCGCCUGCUCGCAAAUGCUCGCAAAGACCAUUCGAUACCCCUUACUUUGUAAAUAAAAGCACAAAACAUGACCCCCUGCUACUUUGGCGGGCGUUUAGCAUAGUUAUUACAUCAAAUUCUUCGGAAGUGCUUUUCAGACCGAUUUGGGACUUUGUGAGUUCUAUGAUAUCCGGCGAAAGUAUAAUGUUCCGUAAUCCAGUUGAUCACACCUAGGAAUGUAAAUGCCGCAUGUGACGUCAUCAAGCAAUAGUGCUCAGGUGAAUAAUCUUCAAGUGCGCGAGUCAGAUGUUAGGCAGGCGGCAGUCCUUGACUCAAACUAUUGUACUGCUGUCAGUAUUUGGCAUGGCCGCUACUUUUCCCAGAACUAAUCAAACUUCAAAAGUGUCAAGUCUUUUUGUUUAAAGAAAAUUUCAAAUGUAGAACGAUCGAUCUAUUUUUGGAUUGCUUUUGGACAGAACUAGUACUUCCUGGUAAAGCGAUAUUCGCAAAUUACGUACAAAAAAGCGUUCGUCUAAAGAGAAAAUCAAUCAAAAGUCAAUUGAUUUAUAACUGCUCCUUCCGGUGUACAUCGCCAAAAGGGUAAUGCAUAAUACUGAAAAAUAGGAAGCAGAAAAAUGCAAACGGUACAGGAUGUAUGACUGAAAGAGAUUUUCAACACCGCACUACUGAGUCACAACUCAUGAGUAAAGAUAAACAGUAAAACGUCAAUGUUGUAGAUGUUGUGUAUGUUCCUCGGCGCGGUCGGACGUUGUUUUAUUGUUAUCAAUCAAGAUGCACAUUGAGCUGACCGAUUCGAGUUGGAUCUGUAACCUCAGGGGUAUUUGAUCAACUAAAGCAUAGUUACUACUAACUAUGACUAAAGCGAAACAGAGUUCGUGAGAGUACAGUAUGUUAGUAAACAUGCAGGAAUUUCGAUAACUCUUUUGGGAUCAAUAACAAGCGAAUAUAAAGGUAUCCCCAUCAUUCUUUAGUCAUUCAAAUUCCCGAGAGAGUACUGCCCCUACCAAAAAACUUUGGGCGCGAACCUUUAAACCCUUCCCGUCUGUUUCAAACCAAACUUUAUGAUUUUCCCUUCCCUAUUUUAGACCUGAGCCAAAAAUCGAUACCCCAUCUCAGACCUCUAGAAUUAGUACACCGCUCUCAGCUAACCAGAAACUCGGGCUUCCAUUUGUGUGGACAUUCUGUUGAGAAGGGCUACUCUUGGGCUACAAGUUCCUUGUAAACAAAAACAUACCGUAUUUCAGACCGAGAUUGUCUCAAUCUAUACCCCUUUUUAGACCAGCACAGCUCGAAAACCAAACCCUUUGAGGCCUAAAAUACCUAUAGAUUAUUGGGGAGUAUGCCCCCCUCCCCCCGCCCCCCUUCAAGCGCGGGUUCAAACUCAACACACCUGCAGGUACAC